AUGCCCGCCUAUCGCCAACCUCUGCGCCAACGAUGCAAGGUCAAUCUGACCAUUAACACUUCGCUGCAUGACCGCGACGAGGAGCGGGGAAGGACCAAGCGGAGAGCGAAAGCAUGGAAGCGCACGCAUACUCCAGACAGUCUUUUCUCCACAGCAGGAACAGCGCCGUCAUCGCCAAGAUGCGCAAUUCCAGACGAAGAACCCCAGCACAACGCCCUCAAAUCAUUCUACCACUUCAUCCCAUAUGUCUCCUUCGCGUUCGCAGACGGGCACUACGAUCCUUUCAAGGUCCAAUAUCCUCCUUCUGGGCCGCGUUACGAUAGCCCAGCAUCUCCGUCGUUGAACAUCCCAUUCACGCACAUCAUUCGCAUUCUUCAUCCCAGCUACUCCCGCGAUCCCAACCAACACCUUGAGCAAGGCAUGGUGUGGCCGGAGUACGACGAAGAGAGCGGUAUCGCGCUCCUCAACAUUGUUGUCCCCGAGGCCCACGCCUACCCCAAGGACACACCGGAGCGUAUGUUCACCCUGCUCGACACAAAUCAACUCCUUCUCGCACGCGACUUCCUUUGUCUCGCCCUCCCAUUCUACCGAGCCGACCAUCAGUGGCACCGAGCGCUUACACCCUCCAGCGACGACGUGCACGUCCUGAUCACCGCUCCAUGGCCCAGCCGUUUCACGCGUUGUAAGAGCGGAGUACCACUCCCGACACCCACAGGUGACUCUCCGUUCCGUGUAGCUCAGGCAGCGCGCAGGGCGACGACUGCAGCGACGGACGUGCUCGCCAUAGUCGCUUCGUACUUGGCGAUGUGUUCGGGAAGGAGAGUCGGGAAGGUUAUCAGGGGCGUGGAUGAGGAUAUGGUGAUGAACGAGCAGGAUGGGGUGAAGAACGCUUUCUUGUGGAAGGACCGCCUCGAUACGGAAUGCUGCACCUUCCUUGACACGAUAGCUUGGCUUAAUUGA